AUGGAGGACAACUCGCUUCACGCGCGCUCAACUCCCUCGUUGGGCGAUUCCAGCCAUAUCAGCCCAGAAAGACCGCAGGGUCGGAAACGAAAGAGAGUCUCAGUGGCUUGUCGAGCCUGCCGCGUACGCAAGUCUCGUUGCAAUGGUGAUCAGCCUUGUUCGUCAUGUGAAGAUAUGGAAACACAGUGUCAAUAUGAACAGCCUUCCACUCGGCGCGUCACUGUACCUGAUAAUGGAACGAGUGAUCCGCUUGAGGCUAAUGCAGUGCUCGAGCGUCGGCUGCAGAUUAUAGAACAGAAGCUACAUGUACUGGAUUCAGCUAAUAAUGACAUAUCCCCUGAGGUUCGUCCAGCUAUCCCCUCUGCGGUUCCGGGGAAAGAACCGCGACAAUCCGCCAUAGGACUGAAAACGGCGGCUGAUCCCGAUGAUGGAGUGGAUGGCAUGGGUGCCGUCCCACUUAAAGACGGCGCUGAUGAAGACGAAUAUUUUGGCAGUUCAUCCAACGUGGCCUUUUUGCACUUUAUCAUCAAUUCCAUUGGGCAUCCGGUUAACCCGGCGGCCACUCCUUCCCCUUCAAUGAUGGGCGGUCCCGCAGACAUGGAACAAUCAAGCGAUGAAGGCUUCGAUGCCUUCCUUAGAACGCCUACGGACCUCACCAUCCCAUCAGACGGUUGGCGCGGGUCUCGAUUAAUUUGA